CGAACCGGCAGUGGUCCUGCAGCUGGCGACACUAUGGCGGAGCGUGGGCAGCGGCUCCAGCUCCCGACUUUGCCUCCCAGGCUGCUGCAGGAGCACCGGAACUGCGGGCGGUGGCACCUGGAGACCCUGCCUUCCAAGAGUUUCAUGAAGCCCAAGAGGCUGAGGUUCCCAGGACCUGUGAACAGCCGGCACUGGGUGUUUGUGAGAGAGGGACUGGAUGACUUCAGGAAAGGCUGUCCCCGACACCAGCACCCCAAGGAUGUCUCUCUGCCUCGUGUUCAUCAUAGACUUCCCCAAGCUACCCCCAAGAAGAAGCAGAAUGGUCUGCCCGAGGGGGCUGCCCUGUUAUCCAAGCUUCCACAGGCGAGGAAGGCAUUCCUAGAGUGUGUGGAAGAUAGGAUGGCCCUGCACCCCCUGGCUCUCUACCCACAUCUGGAAGAAGCUCUACCCCCUGAGCUCUUAUUGCAGGUGCUGGAGGUACUUGACCCUGAGAGGAACUUGGAAGAGACGUGGGCUUAUUGUCGGGAUACCAGAAAAUUAAUGAAGGGACCCACAAAGCUUGAAGAAAAAUGUUCUUCUCAGGUGUGCCUCCCCAAGAAGAUGCCGGUGUCACAUUCAGGCCAGUGGCUUUGUGAAGAAAAGCCAAGCAAAGUGAAUUCUCUCUAUCAAGACAGUCUCCUUCAUGACAACGUGCACAGAGGGGUCCGAGACUUCUGUGACUGGGCCAAGGCUCUGGGAAGUUCACCCCUCGAAGAGGAGUUCAUCCUGCAGCAGUUUGACCUUGACUAUCACACCAGAUGCAGCUGUGCGGUAUGGUUACGAGUCUGUGUCAACCUUCUGCAGGACAAACCCUUCAUCGAUGGUCGACUUUCCCUGAGAGAACAUGGUGGGUGCUGGAACAAACCCCGGUCCUCUGGAAGAGCGAGUCCUCAUAGGCCAAAGCAGGUGAAGAUGAGGUACGGAGCCUGGUAUCUGAAGACCAACUUGUGGAAGAAGCAAAGAGCGGAUGAACCUUUGGUUGAUCCCAAGAUUUCACACAAAGCUCAGGAUGCUAACUUUGAAAAGCAUCUUCAGGAGCAGGCGGAACUGCUUGCAGGCCUACACGGAACCGUGGCCUUUAAGGACUUCAUUCUAAGCAGGGGUUACAGGAUGCCCAGGUUCCUUGAGAAGAUAUAUGCUGUCGAGAAAGGUAGAUCUGCAAAUAUUAAGACUCCUAGGAAACUCAUGCCAACAGCGAGGCAUCCUGGGAGAAGAUGAAGCAGCUUUUAUUGACCGCAUACUCGGGUUUUCUUCCAUUAUUUUAAUUAUUAAGUAGGGCAUGGUAAGUGGCCACACGGAAACUUCAACCUGGCAGCAUCUAUAAAUAUCAAACCCGACACAAUGUUUCUAAAUAGCUUUAAUCGAUUUUUGUAUUAUUUUUAGUUAUGUAUAGUUGUGUAUGUUUGUAUGGGG